CUUUUUUUGGACUUCCAGAAAACGCAGGAAGGGCACACUGCUCCAAAGCUGACCACGCUACAGAAGUACACAGCAACAUUCACCAAUCUCCUGGCUGCACCUGGCAUCAUAGAUCUUAUCCACCAGCUGAACCAGAUGAUGCCAGAGGGUCAGGAUUUUGUGUCCCUGGACAACCUCAAUUCAAAAGCCUUCUGGAGCAUGACACCAGAAGACAUGAGGGCUGUCCUGCACCACUACAAGCUCUACUACAACAAGGCCCCAGUCAAAAAACAUUUCUGGGGUCUUAUCACAACACACUGGCACAACUUGCAACAACAGAUGGACACAUUCCAUGCAGCCAAAAAUGCUGCAAAGAUGGCCAAGUGCUGCUUCAAGGAUGAGCAAGAGCUGCAGAGCAUAUGGAAGCACAUCUGCCUGGGUGAGUACAUCUCACCUGAUGGGGAGCACGUCAAGAUCCAGCCCCCCAGUAUGCUCACAAUGGAAGUCACCAACACAUUCAAGAACCAUCCCUACCACUCCAAGUUCAUCAAUGAUCAAGCACUCAAGACCUCUCUGGAAGCUCUUCAACAGGAGCUAGCAGCAGUGAAAGCAGCAUCCAAGGCCAAGGAGCAGGGCAUGCACACCUGUUCUUCAUCCACAACAGAGCAGCAGCGCAGACUUCUGGCACUUGCCAAGGUUUCUCAGCAUUGCCUGCACCUCUGGCUGGUGAAGCACAAAGCUGAUGCUGAGCUGCAGAAGAAGUACAGCCCCUGA